AUGAGUGUCUUGUCGCCUAUUGCUACUGGCGCUCCUAGUUCCACCUUCCCUCAGAUUGAUCAUCCUUUACAACCCAAGGGAAUUUCCGUCUCUGAUAAACCCAUCCAAACUAACAAAUACUAUGGUAACUUUUUCUUGGAAGACCAAAAGUUUCCAAACUUUUCUCAACCAUACUCGUUGACAUGGCGGAACAAGGAUGAUAACUUUUCUGGUAUGGGAAUCAGUCAGACUGAUGCUGACCAGUAUACUUACGGACCUGAUGCUAGCAAGGAUCCAGUUGAGUUCUACAUCAAUCCCGCAGGACUGUUCUCAAUAAUCGUUUCUGCAGAUGAAUUUUCUUCCGGAAACACCCUUUCCGCUACUGAUUCUCGCCAUUUUUCCGUUCAAGUUACCCUUGAGCCCUCUGAAUCAAACUCUGGAAGCAUUACCUUUCCCAUUGUUACCGGAAGUGCAUUCAUCAGUUCCAUCUACAAGAAUUUGACACCUGUCUUCAACUCCACCAUUUCCGUCAAGUCCCUCGAGAAGAGCGACUUCAGUGGUGGUUCCAAAUACAAGGUAACUUUGAACGAUAACAAGCUUUGGCUCAUUUAUGCGUUCCCUUCUGACUCUAGCUCCUUCGAUUUGAAACAAGAUAGCAACAGCAAGUUGACUGCCUCGUCUAAAUUUAACGGACUUGUUCAAGUCUGCAAAGUUCCCAAUGCUAGUGUCAGUGACGGUUCCGGUGAGAAAACUUUUGAUCAGUAUGCUGGUGUUUAUGCCACUGGCAUCACUUUGAGUGCUAAUGUUUCCAACAAUACUGGUGAAUACUGGUUUAGCUUUGACAAGGCUGGUGACAAAUCCAAGAGCCCACUAGUUUAUGCUCUUCCUCACCAUCAAAGUACCUUUGGUUCUGAUACUCAAGGAGCCAAAACGGGUAUGGCUCUACAGAGCACUGUCAUGGGUGUUAUGAUUGCUUAUGCUGCAGACAAGUGGCAUUUGGUGGAAGACAACCUCCCAACAGAUGUUGAGUUUGUCCCACUUCCUUGGAAUGGAGGGAAAUCGAACUACUCUGAUCAAACUUUGAAUGCUAUCAGGUCGGCCUGCGAAAAUGACAUAAAGUUUGAUGUCGUGACGGCCUCAGAUACAAAUAGUAUGUAUGCAUCUGGUAAAAUCUUGGCAAAAUACGCACAAGUUUGCUUGGUGGCCUCCAAGAUUUUGAAGGACGACAACUUGACGAAUACUGGUCGUGAAAAGUUGCAGCAAGCCCUUCAAAAAUUUGUCGAUAACAAAGAACAGUUCCCUCUUAACUUUGAUAAAACUUACAAGGGUCUCAUUAGUACCGCUGGUCUCAAGGAACCUCUUGCUGACUACGGUAAUACUUACUACAAUGACCACCAUUUCCACUAUGGCUAUCACAUUUAUGCAAUGGCUGUAGCUGGAUCGUUGAAUUCUGGUUGGAUUAAGGAUCCUCAAACUGACUUUGUCAAUGAUCUGAUCCGUGAUGCAUCAAAUCCUGUGGAAGAUGAUGAAUACUUCCCAUUCUUCAGAUCCUUCGAUUGGUUUGCUGGCCACUCUUGGUCUAAGGGUUUGUUUGCAAGUGGUGAUGGUAAAGAUGAAGAGUCAACCUCUGAAGACUACAACUUUUACUACGCUAUGAAGCUCUGGGGAUUGGUUAAAAACAACAACAACAUUAUCAAUCUAGCAAAUUUGAUGCUGGGAAUUAUCAGAACUAGCAUGAAUGCUUACAUAUAUAUCACCCCUAAAAAUACUAUCCAACCCAAAAAGAUUCGUGGUAAUUAUUGUGCAGGAAUCACCUUUAUGAACAAGGUUGACUAUACUACCUACUUCGGUACCGAUGAGUACUUAAAACAAGGAAUCCACAUGAUUCCAAUCACACCAAUUAGUGGAUAUGUUCGUACUCCUUCAUAUGUGAAGGCAAGCUGGGAUGCUAAAAUCGCUCCAAUUAUAAAUAACUUUUCGAACAAUUGGACCGGUAUUGUUUAUUCCAAUUAUUCUAUUACCGAUCCAACUGCUGCCUGGAAGGAAUUUACUUCGGACAACUUUAAGGACGAGAAUAUCGACGAAGGUGCUUCAAGGACAUGGUAUUUGGCAUUGGCAGCUGGUAUGGGUGCUACUCCUUAA